AUAAAUUAGCUCAAUUUAAUAAUUAUUAAACUAUUAUUAAGACGCAUAUUCAUUUCUGUAUCUAUGUUGUUCUCAUUAUUAAUUUUUCAAUUCUCUCUUAAAGCUAUCUGGAAGUACUGAUUAUUGUCUAAUCACCUUAUUAUAUCGGCCUUGUAUAAAGGAAGUGCCGUGAAACACUCGAUUUCUUACUUAGUUUUGACUGUUUGUAGUUAGUAGACAUCGACACGUGAGUAAACAAGCAUAGAAUUAGUGUUUCAAUCACAAUGGCCGAAGGGAAGCAGAAAAUUGAAAACAGUGGUAGUGACAAUCAAACAGUGAAUAUUGAUGAUAUUGUUUACAUUGGACAAAAUGCGCCCACGGAGGUCGUCAGCGAUGGUGUUAAGGGGCUCGACGCGAACCGGUAUGCGACGAAGAAGACCGUGGCGCAGGGCAUGCUGGACAUCGCUCUGCUGACUUCAAACGCGUCCCAGCUGAAGUAUGUACUGCAAGUCGGACCCAAACAUGAGUUCUACACGCUUCUGGUUGUACUCAUUUCAAUAUCAAUCGCUCUACAGGCGAGCGCGGGAGUCCUGGCUAUAAUAAUUACAUUAAUGGACGAAGAAGGCAACCAAAGAAAGAAGAAGAUUUCCGACUGGCUUUAUCACGUGUCAGUCGGUCUUAUGACGGGCGUGGUUUUUUGUGACGUUAUCAAAAUGACGUUCGGUCUUGACCCCGCGCUCUCCGAACAAGAUUUUCUUGGGAACAGGACGUCGAAUUUGUAUGACUUUUUUAGCUCUAAGCAAUAACAGUAGAAAUAGAAAACGAUACGUCUCAGCAUAACCCGAGGAGUAAUAUAUUCUUUGGUCAAAACCUUAUAAAUAAUUUACUCAAAUAUUAUUAAUUAUUUGGAUUUUGGGGGCGUGCAUUUUAUCGUCGAAAGUCUAUAACUAGAUCUCAUAUAUUAAUGAUCUCCUCCCCCCGUACAAUAUAUUAGUGCAAGAAAGGAAAAUCUCAAAAUAAAACCGUAUAAUCGCUAGCAUAGUAAUAACAAGUUACAUUUUAUAUGGAAAACUAAGUAUCCAAAACCAUCCACUAGAGGCGCAGUUUUCGUUACAAAUUUAUCGAGUAAAUGCGAAUGCGAUCAUAUAUCGUAACAUAUAUUUUUGUGCUACUCACACAAGGCACUGAUAAAUUCCUAUUCUGUAAUUUUUUCGUGCUACUAAGUUAGCUGUUUGUAUACUUUUAGUUUUAUAAUUUUGAAAUUCAGAAUUUGGGAACUGUUUGCUUCAACUGUAUUCGGAGAUAAUACUGAAUACCUAUUUAUAUCAUCUUAAUAUGUGCCAUAAUUUUAACAAUGUAGUGAUAAUUAGACAGCAAUAUUAUUAGGUAAUUAUAACUAGGUAUAUAAUUAAUACCAAUAAUUAUAUAAUUAACUUAGAUACUUAGGUAAGAUAUACUUUUAUAGAAAUAGAUCGGCUUCAACAAUAUUUGAACCUGUUGUUUCUACAAACAUCUAGCUAGUUAUAGGAAGUUAUAUUCAGGCUUAUAAUCAGUUAUUUACAAUUUGAACUCUAAUAUAUAAUAAUAAUAAUUCGCUUUUGAAAUAUCUCAAAGGUAAAAAGUAUAAUUAAAUUGUGUUCCACAGUAAAAACCGACUUCAAUUAUGGCAAAACUAGUUGUUUUGUUUUAAAAACUGAACUAUCAAUAAAAUUUCUGAAUUUUAGACCAAUCUGUAAGUAUAUCAAAUUAGAAUAAAAGUAUUUUCCAAAUUGGUUUACAACUGACGGAGUUAUGAGCUAAUAAACGUAAAAAAUACAACCGAAUUCAGAAACUCUUUCUUUUUAAGUCGGUUAAAAAUAAAAGUACCGGAGCCUCAAAUAAAUACAUGAUAAUUCAGGGCGCAUUGCUCUAUAUACUUGUUCAUUGGACCACUGAUAAAUAAUUAGAUUGUACUGUGCUUAUAAUGUUAUUAAGGAUUAUAUAAUAGAUAUUAAUAAAUUGAUACUUAUUACUUAGUUUUACUAUGUGAAUAUUUAAAGUAUAGCUCUAUAAAGAGCUUAAUAGUUUAAUACAGUAAGGUUCUUUAGUGAGUCUAGCACACUAUUUUUUGUUUUGUUUUAUAAACGGUUAGCCCUUACAUUAUAGGUUAGUCAUAGACACUCGUAAUAAUUUAUAUAAGAACUCAUCAUUUGGAUUUAUUGUCACAUGUAAAUAAAAUAUAAAUACAAUAUACCUAGAUAUGCCUACUUAACUUUAUUUAUAUCGACCGUCAUUAUAGUUUUUGGGUCUCUACCGUCUCUCUUACAAAAAAUUGUUAUGUACGUUGAUUUAAAAAAAUAAAAAAGAUGACUUUGCAAAUUGCUCACGGCCUUAUGCGUAUCUAUUAUUGAUUGUUCUAUUUUUAUUUUUUUUUAAAUUAAAAAAAAUAUAAUUAACUUUUUAUACAGUAAUUAUUGCUUUAUUUACUAUAGAUUAAUUAACUAUACCGAAAUGAAAAUAAGUCCUUAGUUAUUGUAGGUAUAUCUAAGUCAAAUAUCAUACUUACCUGUUAAUAAAUGAUUUAAUUUUUAUUUUGUGUUAAAGAUAAAAAAAAUUAUCAUUAAUAGGUAUCUAUAGAUGAAUAAUAAUGUACACUAUUAUUUAAAUUAGCAAACCGGAUGUCUAGACAAUACUUUUAUAAAAUCUGUAGGAAAUUUUAGAAAUAUUUCGUACAUACCUGCGUCAUUAAGUAAUAAAAUCGAAUGCAUAAUUUGGCUGAAUUUUCAGUGCCACUUCUUAAUCUCUGAUUGUCAAUUUUGAGUUUUUAAGUAUAUAAAGUUGUGAAUAUUCUCAGUUUAUGUACUUUACAUAUACAUAUGUAUUUUUAAGGGUAAAUAUAUUGUCAUUACUAUUUCAGUAUCUGUCCUUUUCCUUAUAUUAUCCAUUAUUCAACUUUUGUGAUCCUUAUUCUAAAUUCCGUCGUCUAAAACUCCCUUUACUAAAAUGUUCUUUCCCAAACUUUGAUUUUGGCGGAUACACUUUGUGCCGUGCCAUAAUAAGAGAAAAAAAAAAGAAAAAGUAUACAUUCUUUGUUUUUUUAUUUAUUUUUUUAUUUUCAUUUCGUUUUAUUUUUAUUUUUGUUUUCUG